AUGCGGAUUUGGCGCGGCUCGUUCCGCGUCCCAUUAUCAUGCCGUGUUUUGGGGCGCAUAAGCACUGCUGUUGGCAAUAGCAUCCGCGGUUCCCACGGCGUCAAGGCACGUGAGCCUCGCCUUUCCUUAUCACCCGCGGCGAUCUCGUUCCGCCUCGUCCUUAUCGGCGCGCUGCUCUCUUCUCCCCCGCUCCCCGUCCCGCGCUCUCACUGCGGCGCUGCUCCGCUCCUCGCGCUGGCGCAAGGAAGCGAGGCGUCGUUUCGGCUGAUCUCGUCGCUCUUUCUCGCGUGGUCCGACGCGUACAACGUGGGCGGGAACUCCACCCUCCCCCCUGCGGAAAUAACUCUCCCCCCGCGCGUCUCCGCUGCGCCGCACCUGGAGGACUGCGCGCGAGUGAGCGCGGAGCGGGAGGCGUGGGAGCGAAGAGGCUCGCAGGGUGAGGAACCCGCUUGGGCCCGCGGAGCUCCAGGGAAGGGGGAUUCCUCCGCCGGCUCCGCUGGCUGCUCCGCGGGAGAGGCGCAGGAGGAGGAGGUCCCGCAACCACCUUGGAUCCAAGGGCAGGAUGCAGCCAAUCUGCCGCUGACACGUAUCGUGCAGAGGGACAUCUGGCGGAACCAGUUCCCCGCUGGCGAUUGCACCAACAGGCGCCUCCUUGUUGUUGACUGGGCGAAAUCUGGCGUGCAUGGCGUUGGCUCACAGAUCCACUACAUGAGUGCGAUGCUGAGUCUAGCCAUGCGCAACAACCGCACCCUCGUGGAUGAACCCGAUGCCUUCGACCGCGCCGGCACCCCCGCCUGUGAAGCUGUGGGUCACAAGAACCAAUGGGAGUGCUAUUUUUUCCCCAUCGUCUCGCCUGCUUGCCAACAAGUCUACCAACAGGCUGUAGAGAAGAGCCGCGACACGAUCCCCCUUGGGAAGAACAACUAUUCUCAAGUGGCGGCGUGGAACGAUACGAUUGUGUUUAUUACUCAACCGAACCCUUCAAAGUUUGCCAUGGAAGCUGGCGCUGCAGACCUGUGGGGCGAUGCCUUUUAUAAGGCGCCCUGCACCGUGCAGAUGGACGGCAAACUAACGAAUGUGACUCAACUUCUGCGCAAGGUGCACUGGUGGCGGGCGCAGGCAGUGCGCUUCCUGCUGCGCUGGCCCUCCACCUACCUCUGCCACGUGUCCAACAGGGAGAGGCACCGCGCGUUUGGCAUGAUCGCAGCCAAUCACGUGGUGCAGUUCCUGAAGACCCAGUCAAAAGCCCUCUCUUUUCUCUCUCGCAGCACCGCCCCUGCCGCCGCCGCUGCUGCUGCUGCUUCCACCGCAAGCAACGUCAAAGUGAAUGCAAGCGAGUGGGAAGCAAAAACGCGAGCAGCAUUGGAGCAAUUGGCAGCUUCUAAUUCCUCGACGUUUUUCCAAUUCGAUGCUGGUGCUGGUGCUGGUGCUGGUGCUGCUGCUGCUGGUGCUGUCACAGGGAGCGGCGGGGACGGAGGCAAGGAUACCAGCGGCCUGGUGGGAGUGCAGGAGCCGUACAUGCCGCGGCCUAUAGUGAGCCUGCAUGUAAGGGGUACGGACAAGCAUUUUGAGAUGGAGCUGAGCUCCCUGGACUGGCACAUGUUCCUCGUGAAUCGCCUCCGCCCUCAUGCGCCGGACCUCUGGCACGUGUGGCUCAACACCGAGACACAGGCCAACAUAGACCAAGAAGUGGAGCACACGUCAUGGGCCUUUUUCUACUCGUCAAACGCACGGCAGCAGGAGAAGACGGAGACACUGCGGCAGUACGAGCGCGACCAGUCAGUGGCGCUGAGCCUAGCGAUCGCCCUUCCCUCCAUCCCCUUCCCCCUUUCCCCUACCCUCCUCUCCUCCCCAUGCCCCCUCCUCCAUCGUUUCCGUCCGUGUCCUCCGCGCGGCCGCGCGACGGUGAGCCAGACACACGCCUCGGAGACGGGACCAGGCAUCCCGAAUCCGUUCGACUUCGCCUUCCCCGACCACCUGUGCGGGUCGCUGCGCGAGACCUACAUGGCGAUUAACGACCGCGUCCGCGCCGCCUGCAAGUGCCGCACGCUGAUCUUCGACUCGGGGCACGACGGGUUCGGCGACACGGUCUUCGGCCUCGCGUCGACGUUCGCCGUGGCGCUACUCGACGACCGCGCGUUUCUCAUGCGCCAGGAGUGGCUCCCGUUUGCGUUCGAACCCGCGACCUUCGACUGGCGAGUGACGGAAGACAUUCCACUCACCACGUACUCGCCGCAGAUCAUGGAUCCAGACCAGCCGCCCAACGCGUCGUACGCGCGCCUUAGUCUCUACAAUAAGAACGUCGACCCGGAGGAGUAUUUCGGGAAGCUGAAAGGGAUCGCGCACAUUGGAUUGGUGUGGAAUCGCGGGAUUUUGUUUAAUCUGCUGACUAAGGCCAAGGGCGCGUGGGCGGAGAGGUUCAAGGCGAUCGGGAUGACGCCGCCGUAUGCCUUUGCGUGUGUCAUGCGGUUCCUGCUGCGGCCCAAGCCGGAGGUAUGGCAACUAAUGAGGGACAUAGCAGGGCAGGUGCACGUGCCGCACGGGCUGAGCAUCGGCAUCCACACGCGGGUGAAGGACCUCAAGGUGUGGGAGCACUCCACCAAGGACGGAGUUCCCAAGGUGCUGGGCGCGGCGGAGGUGGAGGAGCUGUAUGUGCAGAACAAGCUGUCGUUCGAGUGCGCACAGGAGUUGGAGCGGUGGUGGAGCCCCUCCUCGCUCAAGAUCAAGUGGUUCUUCAUCUGCAACUCCGCUCAGCUCAAAGUAGCCGUGCGCGACAAGUUCCCCGACAAGGUGGUGAUCACAGAGUUUGUCCCACGGCAUGUGGCGAUCAGCAAGGAUCCUAACUCCACCUCGCACACAGCAGCCCCUUCCUGGUACCAGGAGACCGUUGCCGAGUGGCUGCUCCUCGCCUCCUCGGAUCUCCUUGUUAUUCCUGAAUCGGGCUUCUCUCGCUCCGCUGUCAUGUACUCCAUGCGACUUGGGAGGGUCUUCAUGCCACAGAAAUGCCGCCCCGAUGCUCCUGUGCCUGUUACAGACCUGGCUACCAUUGGGUGUGGUGUGUGA